ACUUUUAAAGAUUGUAACAGUUGUCGACCACAACCCAAGUCAAGACCGAAGUCAACAACACCUUGUUCAGUUCUGUUCCUCAUUGCUUUCUACUUUCCUAAAUCUUUCUUAUUCAGCAACACAAAUUAAUUAACUCUUUUUCCUUUGCUUAAAACUUGGCUUAAUCAUAAUUAAGUAUGAUACUUGAGUAGAGCUUCAAUUAAUUGUGAAAUAAAGAAAUGGCAGUUUCUUCACGUUUUGAAGCAGCCCAGAAAGCAAUAAACUCAAUUGGAUUAGGUUUUGACAUAACAUUAGAUAUCAACUUUCACAAUUGUAAAACUGCUCCACCCUUGAUCUUCAUCAAUGCUAAUCAACAAAACUACCGACAUUUGGAGAUUCCUGGAGGAGUUUCAAUUCCAGAUGUUCCAAACUCUAUCAAAUGUGUCAGAGGUGAAUCUAUUAGAAUCCAUUCGGAUGUUCUCACCUUGCACCAGAUGUUGGAACAUUUCAACCAUGAAAUGCAUCUUGUAGGAGAUACUGCAUCUGGUCAUUUUUGUGCUUCAUUUGGAUUAUCUGGUCGAUGUAUCAAAGAAUUGGGUUCUAUUAAGUCUCUUGCGUAUGAUGGUUGGUUCAUCAAACGGUAUGCUGUUGAAUUAGAAAGGUAUCAUGGUAAACUCAAUGAUCAUGUCAAAGAAGCUGUGCCAUCAUCAUGGGACCCUGAGGCCUUGGCAAGGUUCAUAGAACAUUUUGGAACUCAUGUUAUAGUCGGGGUGAGCAUGGGAGGGAAGGAUGUGUUAUAUGUUAGACAACAUGAAGAUACAUCAGAUAUCAAUGAUCCAGCUAGUAUCCAAAAACUUUUGAAGGAAACAGCUAGCAUGAAGUUCAAGGAUUCUGCAGACAAUCAUCUCUCAGCUUCUGAAGACUUAAGUAACAAAAAGAAGAAUGUUUUUAUGAUACAUAGAAGGAGGGGUGGAAGCAGUAAAAAAAUGUAUCAUAGUGAAUGGUUGGAUACUAUUGAUUCAGAACCUGACAUCAUAUCGAUGCAUCUUCUCCCUCUGACAUCCCUUUUGUUGGGUAUCCGUGGAAGUGGAUUUGUGACCCAUGCUAUAAAUCUCUACCUUCGUUACAAACCUCCAAUUGAAGACCUCCAUCAAUUUUUCGAGUUUCAGCUACCAAGACAAUGGGCUCCUAUACUCAGUGAGAUGCGUCUCGGUUCUUACUGGAAACAUCAAAUGAACACGUGGCUACGAUUUAAUAUCUUUGGUCCAAAGCUUUACAUAAAUACAUAUCCAGUAGAUGUUGGUAAUAGACCAGUAAUUGGGCUGAGAUUACAAUUGGAAGGGCGAAGAAGCAACCGGUUAGCCAUUCAUCUGCAGCAUCUGACUUCUCUACCCAAAUCCUUACCGCUCGCAGACAAUGCAAAUGCCUAUUUGUCUUGUGACUCGUAUAGCUGCAGUUUCCAUAAGAAAGUGAAAUGGAGCUGCUUUUCGUAUAUUUGUACUGCACCGGUUGAAUCAGAUGAUAGUCUUUCCAUUGUCACAGGAGCUCAGUUACAAGUUGAAAAGAAGUGUCUUCUUUUACGGCUGCGCUUCUCCAAAGUUAUUGGUGCUACACUUCAGAAGCCACCUGAGUGGGAUCAAUCCUGCAAUAUUGGCCAGUUCAAGAGCAUGUCUAGGGGCGUCUUAGCUUUUGUUCCAAAAGAGGGACAGAGGGGUCGUCCGAAGCCGGGCGAUGUUACCAUCGGUUCUACUACAUAUUCUGCUGCACUUCCUGCACCUGUGAAUACACCUAAGCUUCAAAGGUACGUGGACAUAACGGAAAUGAUGAGAGGACCGGAAGAUACUCCGGGAUAUUGGGUUGUGUCCGGAGCAAGGCUUUAUGUUCAGAAUGGGAAAAUAUAUCUCCUUGUUAAGUAUUCACUAUUGAACUUUGUUAUUAUGCAGUGUGAAAAUGAAGCUUCAUAGUAUUGCUGUAAUGCUCAGUUGAAAUCCUUUUCAUGUUUGUUGUUGGUGGAUUUGUGAUGCUAUGCGCCAAAAGUUGUAUUCAUUUUUAUUUGAUACCCGUUAGCCUUAGUUAAUUAAUUAAUUAGUUUAGUAAAUGUGAAACAUGAUUUUGAAUGAA